AUGUCAGAUAAAGAAGCUUUAAAAAUCUUUUCAAGACAACCUGUAUCACUGGAUAUGAUUAAUUUCUUAGUAGCUACUACUAAUUCAAUCAUCCAAGUUAAACCACUGAAAAAGAAGCAACAGCAACGUCAUCUUCAUCAUAAUUUAUCAACAUCACGUAUAUUGUCCAUUAAUCCAACUAUAUCAUUAACUAAUUUCAUUAAGAAUCUUAUUACUUAUUCUAAUGUUCAAACACCUACAUUAAUGGCAACAUUAGUUUAUUUAAAUAAAUUACGAAAUUUAUUACCUGCAAAUGCAGUUGGUAUGGAAACAACAAGACAUCGUAUAUUUUUAAGUGCUUUAAUUGUUGCUGCAAAAUCACUUAAUGAUAGUUCACCAUUAAAUAAACAUUGGACUAAAUAUACUGAUGGAUUAUUAAAUCUUGAAGAAGUUAAUUUAGCUGAAAGAGAAUUGAUUAAUAUAUUAAAUUGGAAUAUAACUAUUAAACAAGAUGAAUUAAUUAUAACUUUACAACCGUUUUUAAUUGGUAUAAAAUCAAAAUUAUUACAACAACAAGAAUUUGAAUCAUUACAAAGAAUUAAUUAUUAUAGAUUAUCUCAAAAAUCUUCAAAUUCAAAUUAUUCAAUUGGUUCUUCAACUUAUUCAAUUGGUUCUUCUUCAACUUCAUUAAAUUCAAAUUUAUCUUUAUCUCAUUCAAAUUCAAAUGAUUCUUUAAAUACUGAUGAAUGUAAUAAUCAUAAUAAUCAUAAUACUUUAAAAAGAAUUCCAUUAGCUAAUAAAUCAAAUAUUAUGUUGAGUGGUAAUAACAAUAAUGACAAUAGUAAUAGCAAUACUAAUGGUAAUAAUUUUAAACCAAUGAUUAAAAAGAAAAGAUCAAUAAUGAGUUUUAUAGGUCCUUCAACAUCAUCAACUACAUCAAUUAAUAGAAUAGUUGCUUAA